AUGUCGCCCGCAACAGUGCAAGUCCGUGCUCACCAGCCGAAAUUUGCUCCAUCGUUUCUAUCUGCUGACAACCCUCAUAAAGACCCAGAUGACAUCGUCUUCGGCCCUCCUCGCAUGGCCUUCUCCUCCGCUCGAGGAAACAAGGCCGGGGAGAAUGACAAGAAUGCCCGAGAUGCCGAAUCCCAAGGCCGUAUGGGCUUUCGAACCAGAGGUGAUAACGACGGAGAUCGUUUCCGUGACGGUCGUGCCAAUCCCUUGAGACGUCGUGGCGAGGGCGACCAGGACAGUGAUGGUUGGAACAUGGUGAAACCCCGUAAGAGUUUUGGUGCCGAAGGCGCUGAGCGAUUCCACGGCAAGAUGGGCGGUAACUUUCGCGAUGAAAGACGCCCGGCCAGAGACCCCACCAACAAUAGCAGCAAAGAUGAUCGAGAAACUGUACGAGAUCGCCCUGGCAGGGCCUUCGACACCUUUACCCGAGACAAGGAUGCCGCAGAUUCUGAAGGCCGACCACCACGAAACGGACUAAACAGAAACAAGGCUGACAACUGGCGAACGACGGAAAACAAUGACGCGCCUCCUCCCAUGCCGGAGAAGCGAGAGCGUGACCGAACAAAGAGCUGGAGGGACAGAGACCGUGAUGCCGAGCCCACGGAUGAUCGUGGUGCCGGCCGCACAAAUGACCGCCGUUGGGGUCGUGAUCAGCGGAACGAACGUGAGCCUGAAUGGCUCGACGAACCGGCCGACGCUCGCGAAGCACACACACAGCAAGAUUUCCAGAAAUGGAUGGAGCAGAUGAAGAAGGCUAAGAGCGGAUCAUCCAGUGCCAAACCAGUAGCAGAGACGCCGGCCGAGGCGCCCAAGGCAUCGCUCCCAGCUGCUCCUGUCGAGACCGGCCCAGACAAGUUCUUCCUCGCCUUUGGAGGAACAAGUGCCAGCAGCGAUGUGACCUCACCCGGCGAUCAAAAAGAGUCAGGAGCCGCCAAAUCGAAACCGAGUGGCAAGUCUUCUCGCUUCACUUCAUUCUUCUCCCAACCACAAGGCGACUCUCGCCCUCGAACAGAAGCUUCUACCCCUCUGACAGGGCCUCCUGUCAACGGACCUGGUUUAGCCGCUGGAUCGGCUCCUGCUCCUCCAAAUGCCCUUGCUGCACUUCUUGGAUCCGUACCGAGCCAUGGAGCUGCACCGCCCGGCGCUCCUGAUGAAGAGCGACAGGCUUUUCAGUCUCUGCUGGCAAAGCUACAGAAGCAAUCUGUGAGCGCCACUCCGCCCGGGCCUUCUCCCUUUGCAGCUCCUCCUCAGAGCAACCCUGCGGACAACAAGAACUCCAUGGGUUCUCCUGAGCCUUUCCAACAAUACGGCGGUGGACCUAGAGACGGACCCCUUGGCCGACCGCCAUCUCAGCAGCCUCAUCAAGAGAUUCUUGCUCCCCGCCCGCAACAGCAGUCUGCCCGACCCGAGCAGCUGCUUCAGGACCUUGUUGGACACCAUCAGCGAGUUUCCAGCCAAGGAUCCAACGGCCGCCCGGAACCAAAUGCGGCUCGCAAUAAUAGCAAUACCGAGUUCUUAAUGAACUUGAUGAGAAUGGUACCCGAUACACAAAGGCCUGAUCAGGGACGAGUCCCUCCUCAAUCGCAACCCCAACUCCAGAAGCAUUCUUCAAUGCCACCAUUCAACGACAGGGACCACGAGUUUGCCGGCCGAGAGAACCGGAAUACCGAGAGGGGGAUGCGCCCACAGCCGCCCCCGGGCUUUCCAAUGGACGAAGCUUUUCACAACCUCGAGCGAGAAUCUCGCCAGAACCAACCAACUCAAAUCUUGCAGAGACCUCCUCCACCAGGACUGGAUCAAAUGCCUCCAAACUGGAUGGCUGGUGGUGGCCAGAUGCCACCUCCCCAGCAGCGAGGUCCCAUGCUUCCACCUCCUGGGCUUGCCGGCGGCCCUGGCGGUCCCGGUGGUCCUGGCGGUCCGAAUCGCGGCAUGCCUAUGCCACCAAUGUUUACGCCCAACUUCCCUCUAGGAGCCAUGCCUCCUCCUCCGCCAGAGGCAAUGGGCGGUAUGCCACCCCGAAAUAUGCCACCACCACCACCAGGCUUCUUCAAUGGACCGCCUCACGGUUUCUUGCCCCCCGGACUUGGUGGGUUUAACGGGCCCCCUCCUGGACCUGACGGCUUUGGCGGUCCUCCCUUUGAAGCACGAGGAAUGCCACCCUCUGCAGGCGGCAACGGUCGAGGCUCCAAUUAUGGCCGCCCAUAG